AUGGCAAUCCCCAGACGCACUCAUCAUCAUCGUCGUCGUGGUCGUGCUUGCCAUCGUCGGCCCAGCACUACGGACGGCACAUCAUCCAGCUCGACGUCCACAUCGGGUAGUAUCACAGCGACCAGCUCUGGUGGCCCCACGAAAUCCUCGAAGAAGUCGGGCAGUGUUUCGUCGUCCAUCACGUCGGACCCGACCAGCGUGACGUACUCGUUGGCAGCUUUUGCCAUUGGAGACUGGGGCACUACCGUCACGCAGGACUCAUGCUGCCAAAAAUCAGGGUAUACAGACUACGAUAUCAACGCCGAAGACGUUGUGGCCAGCGACAAAUUCGAUGGUGACAACAUCAAGACUCUUCCAUGGGUAAAUGUAUUGAACAACCACGACUACGGUGGAGCCGACUACAUUUGCUCGUCGGGUGACAACACCGCCAAGUGUUCGGAUGGCGACGAGCUGGUCGCGGCACUAAAUAAUAAAUUCUCGUGGCAAUCGGGAUACACCAGUCCCAAUGACGAUCGUUGGAUUCUAGAGGACCAUUUCUACGUCUACACUAUCGAGGACUCGGACGCCGGAGUAAGCAUUGAUAUCUUUAAUGUCGACUCGAACGAUGCUGACUCGCACGGAGCAUUAAAAACAUGCUGCCAGUGUUACGGGUACGCUGGAGAUGACGACGAUGCGUGUGAUAACGUUGCACGUGGUGACGACGCGUGCUGCGGCGGCGAUACAGACAUGUACGAUGCAUGCAAACAUUGCCAAUUCGACGGCAACGUGGAAAAUUGUCAAUAG